ACCGCCGCGCGGCGCACGGCACGUACGAAACGCGUCUCUCGCCCACAAUACAAAGAACAUCCAAGUAUUGUAAAAAUCCGUCAUGUAUUGAUUAAUUCUGACAAUAUACUUACACAAAAAGUGUUCCCGCGGCAACUAGCAUCCAAAAUAACUAAUUUGUACCGGAAAAAGUGAACAAUCCGACGCGUUAAAACUCAAGCCACGUCUCGGAAUUCCACAUUUAUCGACGAAUAGAAUCUAACGUGAAACGAAACAUGGAGGACCCAUCGGUUGAGUGACGAAAAUUGAACUGUUUAAUAGUGUUUUCUGUGUGAAUUGUGUGUGUUAAACUAUGUUGGAACGGCCACAGUGGAUUUUAUAACUGGAAUAUGGAUUGGUGUGAGUGCGUACCCAGCAGGGUUUAGACGCCGAUUGUCCAACGCGAGUUCGAUCGGAUUAUGCGAGUUGGCUGAAGACAGAAUGGUGUCGCUAGCUUAUUUUGGCCUUCGGCAGACGCCUUGGACCUUAUUAGUGCUCAUAUUUUUCAUCGAAAGCGUGAUGGGGAACUACGCGAAGUCCUUCUACAUACAUUGGAACACAACAAAUAGUAUAUUCCGAAUAGACAACACCGAUCACGUAUUCGAUCUCAAUAAAGGCAAUGCCCAGUUCGAGUACGACCAAGUGAAUAUAAUAUGUCCAGUGUACGCUCCAGGGACGUUUGAGGAGGACACGGAGAAGUACAUAAUAUACAACGUUAGCAAAGAGGAGUACGAUACGUGUAGGAUAACGAAUCCGAACCCCCGUAUAAUAGCGAUAUGUGAUAAGCCUCAUAAGUUGAUGUUCUUCACAAUAACGUUCCGACCGUUCACGCCGCAGCCUGGUGGGUUGGAGUUCCUUCCAGGGAAGGAUUACUACUUCAUAUCCACGUCGAGUAAGGACGAUUUGCACCGGCGUAUCGGAGGCCGUUGUCUGACGCACAACAUGAAACUGGUCUUUCGUGUGUGCUGCAAGGCGGAGGACCAGUCGCCGGCGCCGCCGCCGCAGCCGACCUUACCGCCGCCGCCGCCGCCUCCGUCACCAUCAACCAGCACCACAACCUCGACGACAACGCCGAAGCCGGUCACGAAGAAGACGCACAAAUACGACAAGACCCAGAACGAGGUCGUCAAAAGCGAGGAGCUGUCUUACUCCCGCGGGGCGGCGCUGGCGUCGUCUCUGGCUCUUGCCCUGGCAGCGUCGGCGGUGCUGGCACCGUUGGCUCGGUGAAUGUGCGCCCGGGCGGCCCGACCUGCGCGCCCCGAUCUCCUCGCCAAGCCGUGUCCAGCCCACAACACGCAGACCCUGCAGUCUCUCCACCUUCGGCCAGACACUCUAGUGUUCACGUGAAUGUGCUGUGUUACAUUGUGGAUGUUGUAAGUAUAGGUCCACUAAGACUGACUUGUGACGGACGAUCCUAUCGCAAAGUUCCGAAUAGCAUAAGGACUGGAGAGCCUAAUUUUUACUAUUGUAACUAUUAUAAUAUUUGGCCUACUGAGUAAUCGAAAUAUUAAUAUACAACGGUGAAAUUGUGACACUGCGGUAGUUACGACGUUUAAAUCUAUAUAUAUAUAAAGAAUGUUAACAUGUAUGAUAAUAUAGGUUUCUUAAACCACUAGGAAUUAAACAAUUUUUAUAUUUUCAUUAAUGCAAUGAUGAAUAUUUGAUUAAGACUUAGGAUUCACGACGAAUCAGUACAGAAUUAAUUUAGGGGAAAAAUCUAUAUAGAACGGAAAAUUUAGGUAGCUUUUAAUUUAGUUCAAAAGACAUUAUAUUUUUUUUUCCCUACGACUUAUAAUUAAUUUAUGUAAAAAUUAACCUGGACAGGUUAUGAAUAAGUCCAGAGAAACUGUGAUUUUUGGUUUAUUUAGAAUGUAAAUUUUUCUUUAUGCUUUUAUUAUGUGAUAUAAAACUUUAUGUAUAAAACGUAUAUUAUUUCACUUAUUCAUUUACCGACUGAUUUAUGCAUUUCUGCUUUUUCCUAUUAUUUAUAUUCGACGAAAUAUAAUACAUCCAUUAUCUUGGGAA